AGUGUCUGCUGGUGUUAAAAUUGGUGGGACGUGUUUCGCUCGAACCCAAAACAAGAAAAAAGUUAUCUGGUUUUUUUUCGUGCGAGUUGCAGCAACGUUCUGCUAGCGCUUAAUUAUUAAAAAUAAUUUUAAAGUGUUGACUCCAAUAUUUGUAAAGUGAACAAAGCAAACACAUUUAGCCAAAGAAAAAACAAACAGCAGCUGCAGCAACAAAGCCAAGACAUAUAUUUUUUACAAAAAAAUACAUAAAGAAAAGACAAGAGGAUUCCUUGCUGUGUUGAUAAGAACGAACUGACAGAGAGCAGAGAAGUGGUAAGUGCUGCACAAUUGACGCCUGCGCCACAACAACAAUUUUAUAAAAUAAAGACUGAAAAAUUACGCUCACACACACACACUGACACACACAGGGACACACACACUCGCUCAGUAGUGAAAGUUGUAACUAGAAAUAAAAUCCACCGCUAGAGAAAACAAAGAGAAGAAACAUUGCAAACAUGUCAUCGCGUUCCAAAGAAAGAGUCGUUUCCGUUCUUCGCCAAAUUUUCCAAAAGUCCAGGAACAACAACAACAACAAUAAUAACAAUAACAACAACAAUAACAACAACGAUAAGAGCAGCGAUGAGGCCGAUGGCGCCGAGCACAGCAGCAGCAGCAACAACAACAACAACAACAAUAAUAAUCUGAAUAACAAUCCGGUUAUUGAUGUCGCAGCCGCCACUGGAUCUGCUCCAGGCGCGACAGCAGCAGCGGCAGCCGCAGCAACUACAGCAUCUGGAGCUGCAGCAAAUGAAGCUGCAGCUGGAGUUGGAAAUGGAAAUGGAGCCGGGCCAGCAACUCAGUUAAGCCUACGGAAUGCUCUCUUGCGGCAGCGCGCAGAGCAUCCAGUCUGCGAGUCUCCGGGCAAGCGACUCCGCCAGGAUCACAAAGUGGCACCAGCUACUGGACGCUCGCUGUUGAUGCCACCCGAUACCACCAUACGCUCACGUCGCCUGAUGAAGGAGUUCCGCGAAAUGGAACGCUUGCAGACCAAGAACGAUGCCGUUUUUACGGUGGAGCUGGUCCAUGACAGUCUAUUUGAGUGGCAUGUGCGAUUGCAUGUCAUCGAUCCGGACUCGCCGUUGGCCCACGACAUGGUUGAGAUGAAUGUGCCGGCGAUUCUGUUGCAUUUGAGCUUUCCCGACAACUUUCCCUUUGCGCCACCCUUUAUGCGUGUCGUAGAGCCGCGCAUCGAGAAGGGUUACGUGAUGGAGGGUGGCGCCAUUUGCAUGGAGCUGCUCACACCGAGGGGCUGGGCCAGUGCCUACACCGUCGAGGCGGUGAUCAUGCAGUUCGCGGCCAGCGUUGUUAAGGGACAGGGUCGCAUUGCGCGCAAACCGAAAAGUACAAAGGAGUUUAGUCGCCGCCAGGCAGAGGAGUCGUUCCGCUCGUUGGUCAAAACGCACGAGAAGUAUGGCUGGGUUACACCCUCCCUGGCCGAUGGCUAAGGAUGCAGUCGCUCGCUGAGAAGCCCUCCGCAUGCCAUAGCAGCCGAUGCGUUUGCCAAUUUAGUCAACUCAAAACGGAAAAGAUAAUGCAACUCGAUUUCCAUUUACAUACACAUAACACCGCUCAUUAUGAUACUACAAAUUAGUUGUAGGAUGCUUCUACAGUAUACUGAUUUAAUUUCUCCUCUAAUUUACUCAAGUAAAUUUCUAAACGAUUUCAAUUGUCGCAAAUGAAUACCAUCCAAGAGACAGAAGAUGAUUAAACCAAGAAGAGUAACUGGCGUCAACUAACAAAACAAAGAAAUUAGCAUAAAAUGUAAUUUAGCUGUAGAACACCCAUGAAUGUUUCGCAAUAAGAAAAAACAUUAUAUUUAGUAUAAAAAAAGUAUUAUAAAUUCAGUAAGUGAGAUACAAAAAAAAUUAAGUUCCGCGUUACUUACACAUAUUACUUAUGAUUUACGACAUAAAUUAGUUUAUGCAACCGAUUGGAAUGAAAGUAUCUCGGAAUGUGUUAUUAUGAUUAGUUGUGAUUUUUGUUAAGUUAACUACCAAAUUAAAAUUUAGCUUAUACACACAUACAUCUUGGUAUGACCACUUUCUUAAGUUUCGCAUAUAGUAAAUAUAUAUAUAUAUAUAUUAAAUGAA